AUGCAGCAGCAACGCGCUCAACGACACCGCAAAGCUAUCCCCAACGAGUGGAAAGCAGCGCUACGCGCUCAAAAGAGAAUCAACCAGCAUCUCACGCAUAAAGAUUUGACGAAGUGGUUUGAAGACACGUACAACCAACCGAUCGACCGGGCUUCGAUAACACGAAUCCUUUCCUAUAAAUACGCCUUCAUUGACGACCUCGAACCACAUCAAUUGAAGGAUAAACGGCGCCGUGUUGAGCAGUGGCCGGAAUUAGAAAAAGCUGUUAUGGAUUGGAUAAGAUUAGCUGAGACCGAAGCUCCUAUCUCACAGGAAGCUAUACGCUACAAAGCGCAGCAAUACUGGCCACCUCUUCAUCCUAAUGACCCUAUACCGUCAUUUCGUAACGGCUGGCUCUUUGUUUUCCAAACGCGGAAUAAUAUAAAGAACAGAAAACUACAUGGAGAAGUUGCAAGCCUGUCUACAGAUGGUGCAGAUCAAAUGAUCAAGAUUCGUCGACUUCUUGCUUCAUAUCCUCCGCACGAUAUCUUCAAUUGUGAUGAAUCUGGCCUGUUUUGGGAAUUAUUCCCUGACCGAAGCCUUUCAACGAGUGCUCUGCCUGGCCGGAAUAUUCUUUUUGCCUGCAAUUCGGAUGGCUCGGAGCGAAUCCCUCUUUGGAUUAUUGGCAAUACAAAAAAGCCACGAGCAUUCACUCAGGCUCAUAUUGAGCCUCAUAAUCUCGGUAUCCAAUGGCGGUCUAAUGGAAAAGCAUGGAUGACUUCAGAUAUUUUCAAGGAAUGGCUUCUCGCGUUCGACGCGCAAAUGGCAGGCCGGAACUAUACAACUAUUAUAUAUUUCCCCCCUGAUUCAACAACAAAAUACCAACCUCUCGAACAAGGGAUUAUCCAAGCCUGGAAAGCUCUAUGGAAGCGAGCAUGGGUUCGGUUUAUUAUCGACGAAUUUGAUCGUGGAAUUGACCCUCUAUCUACAAUGACAAUUCUCCGUGCCGUAAGGUGGGCGGUUAAUAUGUGGGAAGGAGUUACAUCAACAACAAUUACCAAUUGCUUCAAGAAAGCUCUUCAUGACGAGACUGAGGCUGAGUUCGAGAGUGCACUGUUGAUACAGGAUUUGCAGAAUAGUCUGCAGGAUUUGAAGCUCACAAACCGGGUUCAGGAUGUCAUGGAUAUCCACCAAUUUUUGAAUCCUCUGGAUGAGCAGGUUAACGAUACAAUGAUGGAUAUUGAUAAUAUUGUUUGA